AUCCUAAUCACUCUCGAGAAUAGCGUACAGCUCUAAAAGAGAAGAACCUCAUGUAGUUCUAGGAGGACUCAGAAUAAUCACUGUGAUUGGCUGCCCGCAAUUUGACAUCACGUGACCGAUUAAUUUUCCAGCCGAAACACUUCCGCAUAGCCCUCCAGCGGACGACUCGACGGGAUCACUCUCGGCCACACCAGUCAAUAUGCAAAGAGUCAUUCGAAGGACGGCCCUGGCGCGGAACCAGGCGCAACGGAAGGCAAUCCGUGCCGCCAAAGAUGCCGAACGUGAAGAAUUGAACGAUUCCCUGAGACAACGGUUCGCCUACCAGCGCAUUGAACUCGAUGCCGUUCGCGCCGAGAGACAACGUCGUCGGGAGGACUGGAUGCGGGGGCCGCUGGCGCCGAAGCGGGAUGCUGGGCCUGAAGGGAAGAGCUUUGGUGCUCUGAGUCCCCAGGCUAUGAAUCCGCCUGUGAUUCCGAAGCACCUCCGAAGGAAAUAUAUCAACAUUGCUCCCGGGGAUCGGGUGUGUGUUAUGAAGGGGAAGGACAAGGGCAAGAUUAAUGAGGUUGUUCGAGUUGAUCCGGCAAAUGAGACGGUCAUGGUGAAAGAGACUAAUAUGGCCGAUGUGACUUUCCCACCCUGGUUGAACGAACAGUACGGACACAAGAGCCCCGUCCACUCGAUUAACCUACCCGUUGCCCUCGACGACGUCAAACUUGUGGUUGCUCUCGACGAUCCGGCCACUGGUAGCACCCGGGAUGUUCUUGUCGAACAUGUCUAUGGUGGAGAACCGUUCCUUGAGCGACCGUACGGCACCGACACCCCCCGACACACACGGUACAUUGCAGGCGAGAGCAUCGAGAUUCCCUGGCCCCGCAGUGAUCCCGCGGAACAGAAGGACGAGGAGUGGGACACCCUACGGAUGGAAGUUGAGACACCUACCUGGGUGCCGUCGUUACACAACCCGCCAUUCCCCUCGAGCGUCCUCGACGAGAUCCGGAACAAGUUCUCGAAGUACCGGACACGGCACGACCCCGAGUGGGUUGAACAGAUGAAGCUGGAGGACUACAAGAAGGAAUAUCUUCAAAGCAGGUCUUUGUUGACACCGAAGGGUGAAUUGAUUGCCAUGCUGCGGGCGAAGAGUGCAGAGAAGACACAAGCACAGAAGGAUGCUGAUGGCAAUGUGAUCAUGGAUGACCAGACGGCCGGGUUUAUUGAAAAGUUCAUGAAGGAGAAGGCCAGAUCUUCGGCUUAGAUUUUACGGGAUGCUUAAUGUGCUGUUAAAUGUCUAUUUCCCUUUUCUUUCUCUUCUUGUUAUGUAUAAAACUGUAUUGUAGCAUAGGAAAAUGACGAAUUUACUCUCUACCUUCUAUGAGGAUUAUCCAUUG